AUGGGUUUUUUCGCCCGCCUCCUCUGCUGUGGCAAGGGCGACCAACAGGACGACUUACCCCGUCCUGUCCGGGUCGCCGACCGACCGAGGGUAGCCUCGUCGGUCAACGCGGGUCUCGCCCCGCUAUGGACGGUCGCGCCCCCGCCUCCCCGCAAGACCUCGUCCGUUUACGAGGGCGAAAGCCCACAAGACAUCCCCUCGGUCCGCCUCUCCACCAACGACCUCCGAGCCGUGCCGGGCUGGAACCAAUCCGGCACCGUGGAGAGAAUCCGUGCCGGUCCGUUCGCCGUGGCUCCGCCUGCCUCGUCAAAGCCGCCCAAGGGGCGUAAAACAGUCAGAUUCGAGCCACCAGCACCACUCUCGCUCAGCGAGCAGUACGCGGACUUCCGGCGUCGACAAGACGUCUAA